AGGAAACGGCCGGAGGCUAUCGGGCUUGAGACUGAGGGGAAAGGGCAGGAGACUAUGGGCAAUAGCUUCGCGAUAGAAGCCGACUAAUCUCCGGUGCGCUAGGCGGGGAGUUUUAUGGCGGCGAUCAAUGGCGAGAUUAACAAUAUAGAUUAAUAAUAUAGAUUAUGAAGAAUUAGGACGCCUUGUCUCAGUUUCCUGUAAUGGCCGAUCAUAGGCUAGGGACAUGACUGGAGGGAGUGGAACACGCAUAGGAUCAGACCUCUUUAGUAUUCGAUGGAUCUCGGUGGAGAUCCGUGGGGUAUUUCAAUUCCUUCCUACUGUCAUUUCCAUGCAGAGCUUCCAGCUCCGCGAACUGAGAAAGCAGAAAUAUGAUGGCGUCAUAUUGUGUUCCAAGAAAGGCCAAAGUUCACUUUGGUGCCUCACAAAUAACAGUGGUUCGAUCCACCGUUCCUCUCACCACUGCAUAAUCGACGAAGUCGAUCCUCAUGAGAUGUCUCGCGACAGAGAGACUACUCAACCGAACGAGCUCUGCGCUGUCACUCGUCUCGUAAUCAACUAAAGACAAAUCACUACCUCCGUACGAUUUUCUUCAAUUAAUAAUAUAGACUAAUAAUAUAGAUUAAUAAUAUAGAUUAAUAAUAUAGAUUAAUGUAGGCAAGAUCAAGAUCAAGAUCAGCCAUAGGGAUUCAGGUGGAUCCUUAUGGUGAUUCGUCACAAACUCGAUCAAUGUCUUGGCUGAUCUUGAUCUUGCCUACAAUUAAUAAUAUAGAUUAAUGUUGGUCAAUGGUCAUUACUGGCUCAAGAUCCAAUGAAUGAACCUGAUUUCAAUACCAAAUGACUGCUCUCACUCGUCACCCUGUUCAUGAUCAAUACCGUUCCUUGUCUUGAACUCUUGUUAGUUCCUCGUAUGAUCAUCAUUUGAACUCAAUGAAUUCCA